GCAAAGGAUCUGUUUUGGUGAUUAUCAUAACCAACUGCAAAUCAUAUUUGCGCCAACACCAUGGCAAGACCUCAUGAAGAACUAUACGAGUUGUGCGAUUGCCUCCGCUCUGUUAGCGUCGAGCUUGAUUCAUACGAGCCUGAAUCCCAAUACUCGCCAAUCAUCGACUCAUCAGGAGAAGAAAUGGGCGAAGUAAAGACUCAGACCCGUGAAGUAUUACCCGGGUUGCGGUUUCUACGAGAAGAGGUGAAGCGAGACCUGCAAGUUUUCCAGAAGUUUCUUGAUGACCCAGAAUCGACGUCUCUUCCUCCUCUCUCUACCAAUGCACCAUAUCUUGUUGCAGUGUGGAGGGAACUACUUCAAGUUCGUGGAGCUGUUGCUAUAUACCGGACAUUCCACACCGCCGCUCAUCCUCGGGCCUCCCGUAAGCCCAAGAAUGGCUCAGCCAAAGGGCAUAGCGUUAAGGUCGAUGUGGUCGCUGAUAACGGGAGACGUUGGAUCAGAGUCAAUACGAUAAAGAACAGUCGCAUUUUAAUGGACUUUCGCGAAAUGGACUCGUAUCUCACCAGCUCUGACGAGGACGACGGCGAUGGGCACUCUUCUCUGAAGAAGGAAAAUCUGAUACCCCAAGAGUUUGACAAUUCCGUGCUGCGUAUGGGUCGUGAACUUCUGGAGGCUGCAAGGGCAAAUCCUCAUGGUUCCAACGAAAUUCCUUCGGUUACCAUGCGUCUGACCCGACUGAAUCCUUCACUCUCCGACGAACCCAGAAUCGCAUACACAAUCGAAUGUCUCCAGAGAAUGGGCAUAGAUGUCCAAUUAGGCGAAAGGCAGGGCAUCGUAAAGGAGACGGACGACAUUUCUGCGCGACCAACAGUUUUGGAGCCCACCGCUCAUAUCAACCUUGAUCUCUCAGCGUUGAUAGCGCUCAUCUCUGACACCACUCACUCUCAUCUGCCUAGUGAUCCAGAAGAUGCCAACACACGAUUCAUCCCGCCGCAACGAUACGUGGAAUGGAAAAAGCAGCGAGUACAAAUGCUUUCCAAUUCUCCGGAUGCAACAAGUACAUGGGAGGACUCCGGAAUCCACUCAAGAGUGUUGGCAGAGCAAGCCCAACAAGAGAUGAAGAAGGGCCUCUUGCAAGAUAUGCACGACCGCUUGAGAUCCAUAUCCCCUACUCUGCAAAAUAUCCAAUUUUGGACGACACAGGAGGCUCGCCAACGUUGUCUUCAGAUCGUAUUCAAGAUCGCGGGCACAAGAGAACGUCAGCGUGCUGGAGUACUGCUCUCUUGUUCCACGUGUUCUGGAACGACUACCAUAUCCACCCAUAAUCAAUUCUGGGUGCAUUCACGAUACCCGUCUAAUUUCAUUCCAUUGAUACCUAUCAGAUUGUACCCAUCUUCCGAGCCUGAUACUACUUCUCUCGAGUCCUUUCAGCCAAAUCCUUCGUCAUCUUUUAUGACGUCCCUUGCAUUGACCUGUCGGGAUAUACUAUCCCAAGAAGACAUCUCAAGACUUCGGGAAUCACAGAGUCCACCUGGCCACUCAGCUGCACCUUACUUGAGCAACGAUGAGGGUGACAUCCCACCAGCAGCAGUUACUUUAGCAAACCCAAAGCUCACGGUCCACACGGUCCAAAGCAUGCUUUGGGGAGCAACACUUGGAUGGACGACAUUGACCACAAAUAGAUCCAGUGUGAAAGUGCUCCUUAAAGAGAUGAAACGAUCCGCUGGAGGCGGAGUGCUGACCCACGAGCCCCCUAAUGAAGAUGACACCGCUCGCGUGUCCGAAGCCGCAAUCUGGAUCGUGAAACCACGGAGCUUAGCUGAAGGAUCGCGAUCGGAUUACUGUAGCGAAUGAUAUCAAUGGGGAAAAUGAUGGAACACAGGUUUCUAUGAAUAAUGACACUGGCAGCGUCCGACUAAUCGGAAGCAAAACCAAAAAUACAUGUACGGCCACAGAAAGCCUAGACAU